AAGAAGUAAAGGCAGGAAAAGUUUCUCCAGAGGAAAAAUGCAGGGCUUGUCCUUCACCCUGACGUCAGAGCUGUCUUUAAUAAAAUCCCCAAAGAGCCAAGAGAAAAAGGCAGAUCUGCCUGAGCGAGGCUGCCAGCUCAGGACUGCUCUGCCUUCCCAAAGUGGGGGGUUUUUGUGCACAGCGGCUUCAAAUCUGGGUUCAAUCAAUGCAUUUAAUCCUGGCUUCCAGUGAUGAGGUGGCUUCUGCCUUGGAUUCUAGCAGCAAGCAGCAUUGUGCAGGCCGUUUCCCAGCCCUCCACCACCGUGCCCCCCACCACCUCCACUGUGACAGAGGCUUAUACGCGGACUCAGUAUUGCAAGUGGCCGUGUGAGUGCCCGAAGUUGCCACCUCGCUGUCCCAGAGGGGUUAGCCUGGUCACCGACGGCUGUGAAUGCUGCAAGGUGUGUGCCAAGCAGGUCGGGGAGAACUGCACCGAGGCCGACACCUGUGACUUUCACAGGGGCUUGUACUGUGACUACAGCGGAGACAGACCUAGGUACGAAAUAGGAGUGUGUGCACAAAUUUCAGGGGUGGGUUGUGUCCUCAAUGGCAUCAGGUACAGGAACGGAGAUUCCUUCCAGCCCAGCUGCAAGUACAACUGCACGUGCAUUAAUGGGGCUGUGGGCUGUAUCCCGAUGUGUGUAAAUUCGCGCCCCCCACUCGUCUGGUGCCCGAACCCAAAGCAAAUUAAGAUGGCAGGCAAGUGCUGCGAGCAGUGGAUCUGCGACGACUCCAGGAGGAUCAGGAAGACGUCUCCACGACACAUCUCCUCUGCAGCUUAUGCGGGAGAGAAUGAAUCCUGGCAGAAGAACUGUAUUGUUCACACCUCGUCCUGGAGCCCCUGCUCGAAGACCUGCGGGCUGGGGAUAGCAACAAGAAUUUCCAACGAUAACCCGCAGUGCCAGCUCAUGAAAGAAAGUCGCCUCUGCAACUUGCGGCCGUGUGAAGCGGAUAUAACCAAACACAUUAAGCCUGGGAAGAAAUGCUUGGCUGUCUAUAGAGCUGAUGAACCGAUGAACUACACCAUUUCAGGCUGCGUGAGCAAAAAAACAUACAGACCAAAAUACUGUGGGGUCUGCACAGACGACAGGUGUUGCACACCCUACAAGUCAAAGACCAUUGAAGUGAGUUUUGAGUGCCCAGGCGGAACUGGGUUUUCCUGGAAAAUCAUGUGGAUCAACGCUUGCUUUUGCAACCUGAACUGCAAGAACCCCAAUGACAUCUUUGCUGAUUUGGCACAUUACCACGAUUACUCCGAGAUCGCUAAUUAAAUUGGCUGAAUGCUGGAAUGACCCAUUGCUCUGAUUUUACAGAGGUUUUAAAAUAAAAAAAAAAAAAAAGAAAAUCUUUCAUCCGGUGCUAAUGUAACAUUUUGUUUUUCCAAGCAGGAAGGUAAAAUCCCCUUUGCUCAGCACAUUAUUAUUAUUAUUAUUUUGUAGAGAUUUUAGAUGUGCAGAGUAGCAACCUUCCAUCUGUUAACAAUGGCCAGAGCCCCCUUUCAUUAAUCACAUGCCAAGUAAUCAAAUGUAACCAUGUUUCUCAGAUCCCAUGACUUAAACAACACAAGUGUUAGCAUUGAUCUGCUGUGGAUGGCAACAAUAUUAAAAGAGCAGCAAAGAAACUAAUUCCUGAAGGCUGCAUCUACACUAGAGAAAUAAGUAUGUGGGUUUACUACAAUGGUACAGCUUAACCAGUGGGCUAUGCUCCGGUUUUUUCACUGUCCUCUCAAGGAAACCUCUGCUCCAAGGUGCAAAAUGGGUAACACCACUUUGGCCCAGAUUUUGGCUGACCUCAAGCCAAAGCCAAUAUAACUGAGCUCACCCCAAAGAACAUCAUGUUCUACUUCUGUUUGGAGCACACCGUACGGUUAAAUCCCUGGGAGGAAGGACUUGAAGAGAACGACAUUUCUCCAACUUGCCUAGAUGGAGAUUCCCUCACCUUAUGCCACUCACUAGCCCCAAGAUCCUUUAUGCAACGAUUAUUGCUUAAAUUAGCUGCAGGGCCUGCCAGAGCACUUCUGGAUUGCUAGGAAGCCAUGAGGAGGUCCUCAUAAAGCCCUUGGACUUCUGAUCUCAGCCCCAGAUCCCUAGCAAUCUGGCUGCACUGAAUCCAAGGUGAUCACCGCCAAUAUAGUGGCUCUCCAGGGAAGAUAAUACAGCACUGCAUUUCAUUUCUGCUCCCAGGAGAGCUUCACCAAGCUGUGGGAAGCAAGCAUGCAUGUCUUCUCCAUGUGAGAUCCAUAGAGCAAUCACAUGGAGACCAGGGAGGAGUGAAGCAGAAUAGUACCACUGAGGUCUGGUAAGCCUUUCCUUCCCUCCGGCCAUGGUCAGCUUUAGGUAUGGAAGCUGCAAUGCCCCUUCUCCAUGCUAUUACCCACAGGCAAUGCUAAUCUCUGAAGCCUGGUUCUCAUCCGCAUGUUAUGUGGAAUUGAAAGCCCUUUUCCACAGCAUGGAGUAGGUGUAAUGUUCAUGGAAGUGUGACCUACACACUUGUUAUCUGCUCCACCGAAGAGUGUAGAUGAGUGGAGCAGAAAUCUAGGGCCCAGCUGACUAGGGCACAGCAUCAGGUGCUGGCUGUUGGCUAAAAAUUAAAGUAAAAAUCUAUGUGAAAUUCUGCAAAAGGAGUUAGAAGCCCAAAUGCUGCACGUGCCAAGAACUGGCCUGUCACUAGCAAAAUGGGUAAUAAAGUCAUUCAUCACUGAAGUAUAUUGAAGGCUUUUCCCUGAACUUGCAGUGCCAAAACUAUGCACUUUAGAGGAUGCAGACUGUCUGGAUCGGUUACUGAUUUUCACAUGAGUUUAACACUUCCAGCCAGAUGAAGAGACAGUGGGGAUGGUGAGGAGGUCAGGGUAAAUUAGCCAGAGGGAAAAUAAGCAUCUUUCCCCCUGCGCUACUCUUAUGUUUCCUACUAUUGCUAGCCACACAAUAUAAUUCCUAUGUAAAAUAUAUAUAGAUAAAUGUAUUCCUUACACACUUCCACCAAAGGUAAACUGAGCUCCAGAGGUUUUUCCUAAGCAUGACCAAAAUGGGGAUGAACAUUUCUCAUAGACAGAAAUUCAAAGGGAGAGAUUUUUUUUCUGCACUGUACAUCGUCAGCUGAAGAGCAUCGUACUACAGACCCACAACUCUCAUUUUCCAUUUGUUUCAGAUCUGCCUUUUGUUCAUUCCCAUUGCCUCUUCAGCUCUCCCCCUGCUUGCCCGCAGCACCAAGGCUAUCCAUUUAGUCUCCCUAGUGCCUAGAGUAGUGAAAAGACUAUAUUGGAAGCCACCCAGCCUAUUGCAUCUCCCAGCUAGAGACUGUGGGGAGGUCACUGCAAAUCCAUGAAGGGAGCUUGACAGUUCACACCAGCUGAGGCUCUACUGUCGGGUUUUUCCUUAUGCCUGGGCACAUCAUGCCCUUCCGUAGGACUUCUGUCCUGGCAAGGAUGUCAGGAUUUUUCCACUUCAUGUGUAUCAGAAGAUGCAGAUCAUCACUUAUCUCUGCUUCCCUUCGCAUUUCUUAUUUAGAUUUUUGGGAUGCUUCACUGAUAUCUCUGACAACAGGGCAGAUUGGCUGCUGUAGUCGGGAACCAGGGCAAGAAGCUUCACUCUCUGCCUUGCCUCUACCCAAAUAACAUCAAGAGGCAAAGAUGCAAAAUCCUGGCAUUCGGGGAGUACAAGGCCUCCACGGUGCUGAGGCUGCAUCUGCCUGCAGCCUCAUUGAAGGGUCUGAAGGCCAUGCCUGAUUUACCCCAAAUGAUCUCUAGUAAACCUGCAUGAGCAAGCAUGGGUCCACUGAAACACCGGCAUAAGAAUGCAGUAAGAGAAAGGGGCCCGAAGACAGACAUCAAGCCAUGGAUCCAAGUGGGAGGCAAUGAAUAUCUGGGGCUCCCUCUCUCACUGCCCCUGUACUCAGAGGUGAAGACCUGGAUUUUGACUUCUGCAGCAGUUGGGAGUGCUCAUAUACAGUGCUUUGGCUCAGGGUGGUUGGUAAAGCAACAGAUGUGCUCUUUGGUGUGCAUUGGUGAGUCCACACGUCCCUACAUAUGCUGCACCACACCUGUGCACAUACAACUUGCUCACAGAUUUACUGUCACAUCGACAAGCCCUAGUGAAGAACAUGACAAAGCAACACAGCCCCUGGGUGGACCCCAGCCAGAGUCAUGCCAGACGGUGCCUAUGCUUACCGUCUUCAAUGCUGUGAUCUACCUGCAUGCUGCCAGCGCUGUGACCAACUCCUGGCUAAGGCCAGCAAGCACUGCCUUCCUCAAGAGCUGAAAGAAGCCACUGUGAGCAGGCACGUGACCUGCAGCUCUAGCAGAAACUUGUGCUCAGCGAAGCAAAUGUCUUUGAACCGCAGAGCUUUUUUCCAGCCGAUUCUGUGCUUUGUUUCUAGCAGAGCUCUGGGGGAGAGAAAAGUGCCCGACUCCCUAGCUGCGGACUGCGACUCCGGACACUUCCUGGCUCUGCAACAAACUCCCAGGAACUUUGGCCCUUGAGCUCUCUGGUCCAGUACUUACGAUAAUGGGACAGUAAUGCUCUCAUGGGUUGUCCAUCCAUCCUACAUAGGCUGCAAACAGUUGUCUCAUUUCAAGCUGCCCUGAUUGUCCCAGGUUUUGCCUUUGAUCCAAACAGGAGUGGCACAGCCCUGCUCAGCUGCAUUGCUGCUUGUCAGCGGGUAGGUGGCAAGGGAGAGCACACACCUGCCAAGCUUGUCCCUGGAAUGAACAACAAUUAAGUUAAAUGAGCUACAAUUAACUCAGACCCCCCCACAUAGCAGGGGGAGCGUUAGCAUAUAUUAUCGGGCAUAUUUCACAUGUCCUUGAAGCAGAAUGGGUGUGAAGGUCUGGAAGAUCCCAGGACAAAAGGCAUUUCCCAGGAUAAGUGCAGUGCCUGUUGACAGCAGGCGAGUAUAGAUUCCUUGGGACAGGGACCAUCUCUUUCUAUAUGAACAGUGUCUAGUACAAGGGGUCCUGACCUCCACUGGGGUCAGCUAGAGUAAUAUGAAGAUACAGUGGAGGAAAUAGUGAGCCCAGAUCUGAUGCUAGAUAAAGGCUGGAACUGGGAUACUGUGAAGGGAAGCAAGGUGGCAAUUCUGCAAUCCAUCCUAAAGCAAGACAAUGCAGCCCAAAUCCUCUUUACCCUGUGCCAGUGAUUCUCAACCAAGGUCCCACAGCAUCCUGGAGUGCCUUCAAGGGUGCUGUAGGGUGUCACACAAUGUGAGCACUGGUAGGUUUGCAAACAUGACUUACAAAUAACCCCAGAGAUUUCAGAGAGAAAUCCAUAGUUUUAGUCUUUCUGAAUUCUCUGCAGUAGAAAAGCUGCUGUACAAUUUUUCCGUAGGCAAAAAAAGAAUGAAAACUAAGAGCUGUCAUUUUUCAAGUGGUGUCUUGAGUCUCUUUAGGGAUGUGUCAAGCCUAAAAAGGUUGAGAACUGCUGCCCUCUGCACAGUGACCUCAAUGCACUUAUGUUUGGCAUCUACUCUGGCUGAAGGCAAUGGCAAAAUUCAAGGGCUGUGUCCAGAUAAGCAAUGCUGUGUGAUAUGUGCACACACUGCACAUUCAGGUGUGCAAUAAGUGCACACACUGCACAUGCGAUUUGUGCACACACUGCACAUUCAGGUGUUCCCUGUGCUGCAUGGUAGCAGUGUUUGGGUGGAGGGGGUUGAUCCUGAGAGAUCACCUCUGAGGUCCUGGGGACCUGCAAAGGCUGCUGGGGCCAGCACAGUCCCCUACCCCACCCGGGGUAACCUGCCGCACUCCAGAGGACAUGUGGCACAGAUGUUCCCCAGGGACAAGUAGCAGUGGCUCAAGGUUUCAUAGUCGGUAGGGUCAGAAGGGACCUGAGCAGGUCAGCAAGUCCAUGAGCAGAACAUCAAGGUGUGCUGCUGCUUCUUGUCCCCAGGAAAGCAAACACCCAUGCUAGUGUAAAUAUGGCUCAGAGGCUGAAGCAGCAGCCCCUCAUUGAGAACUUUCCCUCCGUCGGGAUGAAAGAUCAAGCACGGCUGGUCUACAGCCUCUACAAGCAACGUGCACCUUUGAUGCAGAAUAGAAAGUCUCAAGUAUAUUAAAACGAGGUGCCUCUGCACCGAGUCAAGUAUAUUUAAAAUACUGAGAAUUAUUAUUCAGAACAAAGCACACUGUACUCCAAUUAUUACGUUGCUAAUAGUAAGAUCCUGAGUAUUGUUCUCGAUAUAUAGGUAGCGUGGGAGGCUGCAGAGUUCACAAACACUAUGCAGUCUUUUAAAUUAAGGCACUGUGAUAUUUUUCCUGGUUUCUUUUAGAGGAUAAAAAGUCAGAAGGUACUUUAAAAAGAGAAGUACAUUAAAAUGAAGGGAACCGAAUGAUUAGUGUUUUUAUUAUAUACAAGGACAUCCUCACCCAUACACAUAUCAUUUCAAACUGUGACUCUCAUUUAAAUCAUCUUACAGAGCUAUUUUUGUAACACUUACAUCCUGAAGCAUAUAGCAAUCUAUUGGAAAGACAAACUAGCCUAGGGUUGGGAAGUCUAAGAGAUGUAAAAACGUGUGUAAUUCAAAGUAUGAUACUUGUUCAUACAAUAUGGAUGUUGGCUUUACGGCUGGAAUAAUACAGCUAUGCAGCAAAGGUAAUAAAUAACCAUUGAAAUGGUUCAACACUGAA